AUGAAGGAUACCGUGCUUCACCACCUGCGAUUCUCAUUGGAGUACCUUCGACGUAACGACCUUCUGGACCGCAAUGGAGCACCCUUGGAUUUUGCAGGAUGUGUCAGUCACUUGUACUACACAGAGAACUCGAGUUUUGCAUUCCACGCAUUACUGGACGCCGGUUACUUUCACGAACUUUGCGCACAAAUUCAUCACAAGCCCAAAAAUAGGCUACUAUCGCUGAUGCUUGUUAUGUGUCACUUGUUCGGCCGGCAGUACGUUCGUCAGGCCAUUCUCGAACAGAUCCAAGGCAGGACCAGAAAAUCGACUUCCAUCUUUGUCCUGCCUACUAUGCCGAAGAGAGCGGUAAACAUCCUGCGGAAGCACAACGAGAAGACGCUCGAUGUGUGCAAGGCCUGUGUUGCCACUUUUAUUGAGCAGAACAACACUGAACCCGACCACGUUCUUCCAUUCACGAACACCAAAUGUGGAGUAUAA